AUGGCCUGGGCAAACGCAUUGAAAUUAAAUGUGGACCUUAUGGUUGUGUCGGAGCCUAACAAAAAAAUAUGCUCAAGUGGAGAAUGGAUCACAGACGAAGAGAAAGAUAUAGCUGUGAAAAUAAUUAAUAAACAAGUGAAAGUUCAUAAAGUCAAUAAACGGAAAAAUUAUGUUCACUUAAUGCUCGACGGAGUACAGGUUUAUGCUAUCUACGUGUCUCCCAAUAUACCCAUACAGAUCUUCAAGAACCGGAUAGAUGAAGUGAUGGAAGAUGUGGCUAUACAAUCUGGAGGAAUCAUAGUGAUGGGAGAUUUCAACGCUAAAUCACCCAUAUGGGGAACACCGAAGGCAGACAUUAGAGGUGAAUAUGUCGAAGAAUGGCUGGCCCAGACUUCCUUCACAGCAAUAAACAACGGUGAACCCACAUUCAUCAGAGGAACAACGAGAUCCCAUAUAGAUGUGACACUAAGCCCAAUAAACUUCCAAGGAAAGAUAAAAAACUGGGAGGUAAAAUAUGAAAAUCCAUUCACGUACCAUGGGCAUAUCUAUUUCGCGGUAGAGAGCAACACCAGAGUAAAGAGAUGA